AUAUGUUUACUUCAAGAAAGAAGAUGCAGAAAGAUAACAAUUCUGAACCGACUGAAUUCGAAGAGUCAGUUGCACAAGCAGUAAUUGAAUUGGAAAGUAACAGUGACCUGAAAAGUGACCUGAAGGAUCUAUAUAUCAACUCAGCAGUUCAAGUUGAUGUGUCUGGAAACCGGAAGGCUGUUGUUAUCCAUAUUCCAUAUAGACUGAGGAAGGCUUAUCGCAAGAUCCAUGUUCGGCUCGUGAGGGAGCUCGAGAAGAAGUUCAGUGGGAAGGAUGUUAUCCUGAUUGCCACACGUAGGAUAUUGAGGCCUCCAAAGAAGGGGUCAGCUGCCCAACGUCCCCGCACUCGUACUCUGACUGCUGUGCACGAGGCAAUGUUGGAGGAUGUUGUUGCGCCUGCUGAGAUUGUUGGCAAGCGCACCAGAUACCGUCUUGAUGGAUCCAAGAUAAUGAAGGUGUUCUUGGAUCCCAAGGAACGAAACAACACUGAAUACAAGCUGGAGAGCUUUUCUGCAGUUUAUCGGAAGCUUUCUGGAAAGGAUGUUGUGUUUGAGUACCCCAUCACUGAUGCAUAGAAAUAUUUUGUGCAAUCGCACCUUUUAAUUACUCUUCUCCCCUUUUCCCUUUUGUUCCCUGAAGAACUGCAAUUCAGCAGGCAGACAAUUUAAAAUUUUGAUGUUGAGGACGUGGUUUAGGAUAGCCUUUGAAGGAUUUUGUUCUCUUCAUUAUUAGCAUAUUUAUGUUGACGUGAUAUGGUUUACUGUGAUUUUCAAUCUCUCUUUUUGAUAGUCUUGUUUUA